AUCGCCACAAUCAUUGGACAAAAACUACUUGAUGGAAUCUAUAGACUGGCUUAUGAAACUGCCAGAACAGACCUUAGAAACGAAUGCAGUCAACACUAUGUCUCAAGUAGCAACAACAGAUCUAAUGACCAAAUGGAUGAGGAUGGAGACGAUGUCCAACUCCAUGCUGACUGUGAAUGGGGACGAAGUGAUAGAUUGGAUGUCAAUGACAAUGGAGGAAAUCAACGAGGUACUGAACCCAGAAAUACUUCCACAGCCAAUCCAGAAUAUGCAUCAACCAUCAGCUGGCAAGAAUCUGCUGGAGGCUGUAACGAAUCUGGAUCACAUUGGAAUGGAAGUGACAGCAAUGACAGCGCCAAUAGAAAUUUCUGACAGUCAUGUGACAUCAUUGCCGAUGAAGGAGAUUUGCCAUACACCAUCAACGACUCCGAUGAUACCGACUAUAGUAUCUGUGAAAUCGAAUAUGACGGAAGGACCGUUAAAUACGUCAUAUGUGAAGGACACCCCUGGUUUUGCUUGGGAACAACAGAGGAGAAUGAAUG